GGACUCUCAGGUGAAAGGUGAAACACCCACCACUGUACUUCCAGCCUACUCUCCCUUUACCGUCAGCAUUCCGAACAAUUGUUUAUCCAUUUGGUGUCGUCAGCGGUGGUUAGAUGGCGAUACUGUACGCGUUGGUGGCCAGGGGGACGACGGUUCUGGCGGAGUUCAGCGCCGUGACGGGGAACACCGGCGCAGUAGCGCGCCGGAUUCUGGAAAAGCUGCCGGGGGAAGCCGAGUCCAGGCUCUGCUUCUCUCAAGAUCGUUACAUCUUUCACAUCCUCAGAUCCGAUGGCCUCACCUUCCUCUGUAUGGCUAACGACACCUUCGGCAGGAGGAUACCAUUCUCAUAUUUGGAGGAUGUUCAAAUGAGAUUUAUGAAGAACUAUGGUAGGAUUGCUUCCCAUGCACCUGCUUAUGCAAUGAAUGAUGAAUUCUCAAGGGUUUUACAUCAACAAAUGGAGUUCUUUUCUAGGAAUCCUAGUGCUGACACACUAAAUCAUGUUCGAGGUGAAGUGGGUGAGAUACGCACCAUCAUGGUGGAUAAUAUUGAGAAAAUACUUGAGAGAGGUGACCGAAUUGAGCUUCUGGUUGACAAAACAUCCACGAUGCAAGAUAAUUCAUUUCACUUCAGGAAGCAGUCAAAGCGCCUUAGACGAGCUUUAUGGAUGAAAAAUGCAAAGCUCUUGGCUUUACUGACAGGCUUGAUUGUCCUCCUCCUCUACUGUAUAAUUGCUGCUUUCUGUGGGGGUAUCACCCUAAGUUCCUGCAGAUCAUGACUUCUUGGGGCAAGCCGGUGGCUCUUUGGCUAUCAACCUAAUGAAAGUUAUAAGAAGAUGGUGUUUGCCUAUCAGUGUAAGAUGUUCAAGACUAAUUGAGCAGUAGUUGGGGAUAAAGCACGAUAUGAUUUGCAUUUUCUUAGUUGGUACACACAUCUUCUGUAAAUGUGUCUUCGCCUUCCUCUAUUUUUCUGAAAA